CCGCCGCACACGAGCAACCUCUGCCUGACAAUUCCACAGCAGGAAGAGACCGGCGUCCAAGCCGCGGCGCAUCGACCACUGUCUGAUUGAUUGAUCGAUCGAUUUGCCACCACCACCACCACCACCGAGGGAGCGAGCCAGGGAUGGCGGAGGGGAGGAGGACGACGCGGGUGGGGCGCUACGAGCUGGGCAAGACCAUCGGCGAGGGCAGCUUCGCCAAGGUCAAGAUCGCCAGGGACACCCGCGACGGGAGCACCUGCGCCAUCAAGGUCCUCGACCGCAACCACGUCCUCCGCCACAAGAUGGUCGAGCAGAUUAAACGGGAGAUUGCCACGAUGAAGCUAAUAAGACAUCCAAAUGUCGUCCAGUUGCACGAGGUUAUGGCAAGCAAAACAAAGAUAUACAUGGUUCUUGACUUCGUUGAUGGAGGAGAGCUCUUUGAUAAGAUCGUCAAUUCUGGGAGGCUAGGGGAAGAUGAAGCAAGAAGGUACUUCCACCAACUUAUAAAUGCAGUUGAUUACUGUCAUAGUCGUGGAGUGUACCAUAGAGAUCUCAAGCCAGAAAAUCUGCUCCUUGACUCAUAUGGAGCUCUCAAAGUCUCGGACUUUGGUCUCAGUGCAUUCGCACCACAAACAAAAGAGGAUGGACUUCUGCAUACUGCUUGUGGAACUCCAAAUUAUGUUGCACCUGAGGUUCUUGCUGAUAAAGGUUAUGAUGGUAUGGCUGCUGACGUGUGGUCCUGUGGCAUAAUCUUAUUUGUUCUUAUGGCUGGGUAUUUACCCUUUGAUGACCCCAACUUGAUGACUUUGUAUAAAAUGAUCACCAGAGCUAAUGUUUCUUGUCCACCAUGGUUGUCUACCGGUGCAAGGAAUCUUAUUAAGCGCAUUAUCGAUCCCAAUCCUCGAACUAGGAUAACAAUUGCAGAAAUUCUAGAAGAUGAAUGGUUCAAAAAGGACUAUAAACCCCCACAGUUUGAGCAAAAUGAAGAUGUGAGCCUUGAAGAUGUUGAUGCUGCAUUCAAUAGUUCCGAGGAACAUCUUGUGGCGGAGAAAAGAGAGAAACCAGAAUCCAUGAAUGCAUUUGCUCUUAUUUCGAGGUCGCAGGGAUUCAACCUUGGAAAUUUGUUUGAGAAAGAGAUGAUGGGAUUGGUAAAACGGGAAACAUCCUUCGCGUCCCAGCGUACACCACAAGAGAUUGUGUCAAAAAUAGAGGAAGCAUGCGGGCCUCUUGGUUUCAAUGUGCGGAAACAAAAUUAUAAGAUGAAACUGAAAGGUGACAAGACUGGAAGGAAAGGCCAUUUAUCUGUAGCAACAGAGGUUUUUGAGGUUGCUCCAUCACUCCAUAUGGUUGAGCUUCGUAAAACUGGAGGCGACACCUUGGAGUUUCACAGUUUCUACAAGAGUUUCUCAACGGAAUUAAAAGACAUAGUGUGGAAAUCUGAAUCUGACACAAUUACAAAACAGAAACGAUAAUACCUCAUUGAACUGGACCUGUCUUCUGGUUCCAUAUCUUCGGAUGAUACCGCGGGGUACUGUAUAUUUUUCUGGAACCAAAUCAACUGCCCAUCUCUUGUACUCAAAGACGGCGCUCUUUUUUGCCAGCGCAAGUACAACUACAUGUAAGAAGAGGCCCUCCCAUAGAUGCUCCCUGUACUGCAAUGUGGAUGUGUAAACAGGCAUCCUGAAUGCUUUGGUUGGCACAGGGUUGUGCGCCUUUAUUUUUUGUUUUGAAAAUAUUUAAGGCUCGAAAAAGGAAUAAUCGUAGUUCAGAGUAAAUAAGUGCGCAACUUCAUUGGUUGUACAAUCUGAACUUUGGGAUUUGUCAGUCAGGCUUUGGUGGGGAUGCAUGUCUGAUCAGCAGUAUGACAUGUCUGAUCUCGUGCAGCGUUAGUUUCUUCA